UGACCCUUCGGCACAGAGUCAGACCCUCCUCCUCAUCAUCUUCGUUCAUCGGCAUCACAUAUUCUGCUCUGUGCCCCCUUAAUAGCUCACGCUCACAGUUACUGUAUAGUUGGCCAUAGCUCUGUGCUCUAAUAUCUUUUCAAUCCCUCAUUUUUCUGAUUUCUCAUAACUCUUUUUUUUUUCAAUGUUUUGGUUUUAUUUUGAAAAUUUGGACAGUGAUUUGAUGCUUUAAUUUGGUAAUAUUUAUGACUUGAUCUAUAAAUUUUAUGAUAUUGACUGUUUUAUUUUUGCGUAUUUAUUUCAAGGAGAAAUUAUUUUGAAAGCAUGUAAAGGGACUUGAAGCGCACAAGCUAGUCUUGAGAUCACGACUUCAAGAGUCAGCAUUGCAAUUAGGAUAGUAUUUGUGUAAUCGGUGCAUUAAUUAGGCUUAGUUUCUUCUAAUCACUACAUUCCACACAUAAUCAGUUGCCGGGGAAAAAAAAAAAAAAAUCUAAAGUUCAGAAGCAGCUUUGUUAAAGAAAGCUUCAAACUUAGACAAUGACCGGAGAAAACAUUUCUUUUAUGCUUUAGAAGCUUUAGAGGUAACAUUGGGUUUUGCAUGUGCCCGCCACAUUCCUCACUGAGAUCUUUCUGCACACACAUAUAACUGCCAUGGAUUUGUGAUUGUCACGUUGGUUGAUUAAUUAAUUGAUAGUUUAUGCAUCAUCUCAUCUUAUAAUUCUCAUCUAACUUGAAUUGGAAGCAUCCAAAUGGUGUUCAUGGGGCGGCUCAGAUCGGGUAUCAUGCCAGGCUAGCCUGGCCACUUGAUCUCUUGAACACCCCUAAUUUUAGUAUCUUUAGUACUGCCUGUAUAAGGAAAGUGGAAAGGCGCUUCCUUUAACCAAAAUGUUUAUUAUGAAGAAUCAGAUGCUUCAUAAUAAGGAAAAGUGAAACAGUGAGUAGGGAGAACAAGCAAAGGGAAUAAAAGAGAUUAAAAGAAUAAAUCUGAGGAAUUAAUGUCGUUAUAAAACUUCCCAACUUGACCUUUCUUUUCAAACCUGCAAGUCUUGAAUUACCAGCUAAGUCUCUCUGCUGCUUCCUCUAUCUCCUUCAACAAAUGGCAGCACUUCCAUUGACACUGAAGCUAAUGGUGUUGCUGCUUUUCCUGUCAAUAACUCCACCCAGAACAGUAAAUGGUGAGGAUGAGCAAUGGUGCAUAGCUGAUGAGCAGACACCAGAUGAAGAGCUUCAGGCAGCCAUGGAUUGGGCAUGUGGGAGAGGAGGAGCAGAUUGCAGUAAGAUUCAAGAGAAGCAAAGUUGCUUCUUCCCAAACACAGUGAGGAGCCAUGCUUCCUUUGCCUUCAACAACUAUUUCCAGAAGUUCAAGCACUCUGGAGGAUCUUGCUACUUCAGAGGUGCUGCCAUUAUCACACAAGAAGAUCCAAGUCAUGAUUCCUGCCACUAUGACUUCAUUCCCUGAUUCAAAUCAUCAUCAAUAGACUUGAAUGGCUUCAGCAUAAUUUUUGAAUUGCUUGUUGAGUGAAAUGGAGUGCACUUUUGCAGGCCAUCUUAGCCAGAGGCUGAGAAGUUGUUAGAAUCCUUCCUUAAAACCUAGCAUCAGAACAUGCAGAAGUUAGGCAAAUUCUGUGUUUUAAAUCUUGAUGUAUGAACGAUGGAAAUGUUCAAAAAAUUUAAUGUUUUUUCCUUGAAUUACAAAAUGGUUGCGACAUGCUAGACUACUAAAAUAAUGUUAUAGUUUCUCUCAAGUGUUAUUUCAAGUAAGUUAUAAUUGUAUCCA